AUGGAAACGUUGGAAAUCCUAGGCUCGAUAACUAGGCUUAGUCCGAUUGUCGUUAGAGUUCUUGGACAGAAUCCAGGGAAAUUCACUCUCCAAGGUACGAACACCUAUAUCGUCGGGCGACAAAGGCCGUACGUUUUGGUGGACACUGGGGAAGGGAAGGAGGAAUAUGUUCCCAUCCUAGAGUCAGCUCUCAAAGUGCCACUAUCGUCUGAGGACUCUGACAUUCCUGACGUAUCCGACAUUAUCAUUUCACACUGGCAUAGAGAUCAUGUCGGCGGUCUUCCCUCUGUUCUCGCGCUACUACGUCGAUUAUGGGACGAACGGAAAACAGGACUGCCCUUUACGCCUCCUCGACUACACAAAUUUCCACUUCCCGCGAACAAAUUACCAGAGCAAAGCAAUCUUCCAUCCAUCAUAAAUUCACUGCCCUCGAAGUCUUUCACCCCAGCCUCCGAUUCAGUGUUUUAUGACCUUCAGGAUGGUCAGGAAUUCACGACUUCUUCGACCUUGCUUCGUGUUCUACACACUCCUGGUCACACUCGCGAUUCAAUAUGCCUUUACAUACCCGAAGAUCGUGCAUUAUACACUGCCGAUACAGUUUUGGGACAAGGAACCGCUGUCUUUGAGGACCUCCGGUUAUACAUCUCCAGUCUUCGUAAAAUGUUGGAUUAUCAGAAGUAUUACUCCUACGACGUUCUAUAUCCCGGUCACGGGCCAGUCGUCAAGGAAGGCGCGAAGUUGAUUGAUACUUACAUUCAACAUAGGUUGGAGCGAGAGGCUCAGAUUCUUGAGGUGCUUCAGAAAGCUCCGCCUUCUCCUGAUGUCAAUGAAAGUUCAGGAAGCGCAAGGUGGUCGACUUGGACAAUUGUUUCGAAGAUCUAUCAGGGAUAUCCCGAGUCUCUCUGGACUCCAGCAUCCCAUAGCAUCAAUUUGCAUAUGAAGAAGUUGGAAGCAGAUGGGAUCGUGAAGAAGUUAGGUGGUGAAGGUGUUAACACUAAAUGGGCAUUAAAUUUGAAACUCUAA